AUGACACCUUGCCGUCAACUUCGACCAAUGCCGCAUCAAACCGCCGCCAUUUUGCUGCUACUGCACCGCCACCAAACCGAAAAUACGUCAACGUCACUGUCAGCCAAUGUCCAGUAUGUAAGGGGUGAGUGCACUAACAUAAAACACUGUACAGAAUUUUUAAACAUGUCCAUCGACAAAAGAUGGAACACUAUAAAAGGGCUCAAGAUUUGUUUUUGUUGUUUAAAACGUGGACAUCAAGUUAAAUUUUGCCACACAAAACGCCGUUGUGGCGUUAAUGAUUGCCCAAAGCCACACAACAAUUUAUUGCACAGUACACUUUCACAAUCACAACCGGAGCCAGCGACCGAGCCAACUCAUUUGUCCACGACGGGUGGGACACAAAAUAACCGCACGGUCACGUCCGAAGCACAACGACCACAAACCGAAAGACGAAAUUGCCAUGCAGCUCAUUCUCCCGAUAAUGUGAUUUUCCAGAUUUUACCCAUAACUUUGUAUGGGCAGCACAAAACAAUAAGCACUUACGCCUUUAUUGACGACGGCGCCAACGUUUCUAUGCUGGAUCUGGAAAUAGCACGAGAACUUGAACUCCAUGGAGAACCUGAGCACUUGGAGCUGCAAUGGCUUAAUACUCACCGCGUAACACAGAAAACGGAAAAAAUUCGCGUGACCAUCAGUGGAGUUGGCCAAUUUAAUAGAAAAUACUUACUUUCCAAUGUUUACGUUUCAUCGGAUAUGUCAUUGCCAGUACAGAGUUGCCACAUAGCUCAUUUUAUGAAAUCCCAAAAAAGUGACAAAAUCGCCAAUUUAAAUAUGCGGGAUUAUUCUAAUGUUCAACCAAAAAUGAUUUUAAGCUUAACCCAUUCCUUCCUAAAAGUUCCCAUUGAGACGCCUACACUUUUAUCCGAAUUUGGACCCAUUGUGUCAACCACCAGAUUAGGCGCUGUUAUAUAUGGACCAAUUCCUGGUGAAGAACCAACAAACAUAAAGAGGGCUUUACACGUAAGGAAGUGUGUGUACCAAAAUGAUGUUUUGAAGGAGUUGAGCGAUAUGAUGCGUGGUUAUUUUGAUGUGGAGACCCUUGGAACCAAAAUACCCGUGAAACCUAUAAAAUCCAAAGAAGACGAGAGAGCAAUGGGCAUAUUGGAAACAAACACAAAGCAAGUAAAUGGCCGAUAUGAAUGUUCGUUGUUGUGGAGAGAAGAUGUGAGACCGAUCCCUGACUCAUACAACAUGGCUUUGAAUCGUUUGUACUCUGUGGAACGUAAGAUGGCAAAAGACAGUGAGUAUAAAAUGGAAUAUUGCGAUAAAAUAGCAGAUUAUGUUAAAAAAGGAUAUUGCCGUAAAUUAUCGGAUGAAGAAAAAUCUAUAAUGCGCGAACGGACCUUUUAUUUGCCCCAUUUUGGUGUACUAAAUCCAAAUAAAAAAGGAAUUCGGCUGGUUUUUGAUGCGGCGGCCGAGGUUAUGAACUUCUCAUUAAACAAAGCCUUACUUCCUGGUCCUGACAUUAAUAACUCAUUAAUUUCAAUUCUUUUUAAAUUUAGAGAAUCCCCCAUUGCUGUAUGUGGUGACAUACAAGAGAUGUUUCACCAGAUCGCCAUUGCCAGGAAAGACCAAGAUAGCCAAAGAUUUCUGUGUAGAGAUGGCAAUCCUGAUCAGCCUGUGGACACUUAUGUUAUGGAAAGGCUUAUUUUUGGAGCCACCUGUUCACCAACCAUUGCCCAAUAUGUCAAGAAUAAAAAUGCGACAAAAUACAUCGAAAAGUCACCAAGAGCCGUCCAUGGUAUCAUCGAACGUCAUUAUGUGGAUGAUUAUGUCGAUUGUUUCGAAACUGAAGAUGAAGCCCUUAAUAUUGUUCGCGAAGUGGUAAGGAUCCAUAAAUCCGGUGGUUUCCAUCUUCGCAACAUAAUAUCCAACAGUGAACGAGUGGCAAUACUAUGUGGUAAUAAUCCUGGCAAUGGCGAGAACAGUGGCAACUUUCUUUUUGGUGACAGCAUAGAACGGGUACUCGGUAUUCAUUGGGCACCAAAGACAGAUGAUUUUUGUUUUCAUUUGCGUUUGGCCAAAGUGGACAAAAAUAUAUUAAAUUUUACAAAGGUGCCAACAAAAAGGGAGAUGCUCGGCCUAAAUAUGUCCGUAUACGACCCAUACGGAUUCCUGUGCGACUUUAUGGUGACGUCAAAGGUGCUAAUGCAGAAGGUCUGGAAAUGUGGGGUAAGUUGGGACGAGCAAUUGCCGUCAGAAAUUUAUAGCCAGUGGAAGUACUGGUUGGAGCAGUUAUCGAGAUUGGUGGAAUUUAAGAUUCCAAGAUGUUACGCCGGUGGUUUUAGCAGCAGCAAUGUUGAUCUACAUGUCUUUGUGGAUGCAAGCGAAGAGGCUAUGGCAGUUGUGGCAUAUUGGAGAGUGGUAAGUGUCAGUGGUGUUAAAGUGAUGUUUGUAAUGGGCAAAACAAGCUGUGCCCCGACACGGUAUCACACAAUACCAAAACUGGAAUUGCAAGCUGCUGUAAUGGGCGUUCGAAUGAAAGAGGCCAUAUUAAAAAACCAUUUGUGCUGUGUUAAUAAUGUUUUCUUUUGGUCAGAUUCUUUUACGGUGAUACAGUGGAUUCGGUCAGAUCACCGAAGAUACAAGCAAUAUGUGGCAAAUCGUGUGGCUGAGAUAUUGGACGGCAGCAGCAUUGAACAAUGGAGGUGGUGCCCUGGUAACGAGAACACUGCAGACGAAGGAACUCGCUCAAAACUGUUCAAGCCAUAUGAACCCGAAGGACGUUGGAAAAAUGGACCAACGUUUUUGCUGAAGGCGGAAUCGUAUUGGCCGAGUGAGGUGCACAAUCAAAUGAAAAAGGAUGAAAGUGGCUCAGAACUGCGAUCCAAGCACAGAGUUCUGAAGGCUGAAACGGGCUAUGGCAUGGGUGUUCCGGUAUGUGCAAAACAUGAGGCGUAAAAUCAAAGGUGAGGCGUUGUUCUUGUGUGAUCUGUCCCUGGAAGAAGAAGAGAAUGCCGUGUCUUAUCUGUGCCGUCAUGUGCAACGUCAACAAUACGAAGACGAACUUGAGGACCUGAAAAAACAACACUCAGUGAGCCAAAGCAGCCAAUUAUUGUCGCUGAAUCCCUUUGUUGGCCAAGAUGGCUUAAUUCGUGCGUCUGGGAGAAUCCAAAAUGCUGCCUUUUUGAAUCUGGAAGCCAGGCAGCCCAUAAUUUUGCCGAAAAAUCAUCGGUUCACCAGGUUAUUGGUGGAAUUCUACCACAGAAAGUUCCUGCACAUCAACACUGCCACUGCUAUGAGCGAAAUACGUCAAAAGUACUGGGUGCCAUCACUGCGUCAACUAUUAAAUAGCAUCCAGAGCCACUGUUCCGCCUGCAAACUUCGUCGAGCCAGGCCACGUCAACCCCAGAUGUCUGCCUUACCGAUGGAGAGGGUGACCCCAUACGUUCGAGCCUUCACAUACACAGGACUUGAUUAUUUUGGCCCAGUAAGUGUUGGAAUCCGCCGUCAACGUGAGAAAAGGUGGGUUGCUCUUUUUACCUGCUUUACAACCCGUGCCAUCCACCUGGAGAUUGCCACAGACCUGUCCAGCGAUGCUUGCCUGAUGUGUAUCCGCAACUUCAUUAAUAGAAGAGGUGUCCCUGUAUCCAUAAGAAGCGACAACGGGACCAAUUUUGUUGGCAUAGCAAAGGAAUUACAAGGUAUUGAUAUGUUUUUGGAUACUAAUAGUCUCUCUUCAGAUUUGACGGCAUUGGGCAUCAAAUGGAUAUUCAACACUCCGUUGAAUCCAAGUGAAGGCGGCGUAUGGGAACGGCUUGUGCAGUCCGUGAAGAAGGCAUUGUACAUCAUGUUGAAAGAGCAGGCUCCAAAGCUCGAAACGCUCCAAUCGUUUCUAAUCGAAGCAGAGAACAUCAUCAAUUCGAGACCCUUGACUCAUCUACCUGUGACUCCCGAAGACCCGGAACCAUUGACCCCGAAUCAUUUUCUGCUUGGGUGCACUAAUUCAACCCAAACUCCGGCACCAUAUGAGCCCAGAUUGAUGUGUCUUCGAAAGCAGUGGCGUGUGGUGCAGAACUUAAAGAACGGCAUGUGGCAUCAAUGGCUGCGUGAAUAUCUUCCUGAGCUGACGAGAAGGACGAAAUGGUGUUUGCCAUCACAACCGUUGGACGUGGGCUGCCUUGUUUUUAUUUGUGACCCAGAUCUUCCAAGAAGCCAAUGGAAAAGAGGGCGUGUCAUCGAGCUCCAUCGCGGCAAAGAUGGUGUAGCACGUUCAGCCGAAGUGCGCACAGAUGUGGGUGUCUACCGCCGUCCUGUUUCCAAGUUGGCCAUACUAGACGUUGAAGACUCUGCUGGUGAAGGUGAAGCCUCCCCCUCUGGGUCAGUUCACGGGGGUGGGGAUGUCGUUUGAAGGCAACCCUGCUCGACGGUAACCCUGUUGUUGCAAAAUGCUGGUGCAACUGUCAGCAAUGAAGUACAAUGGCUGAAAUAUCCCAAGCCAAUUUGCGACAUAUCUUCAUUUUGUUUAUUGUUUUUGUUUAUUUUUAAGCCAAUUUUUUGUAUAAAUAGGCCCUUCUGGCAAAUACUUGUUCUUUUCUAUUCGUGAUACCAAAAAAACAUGUAAGUCGUGCUUUGCAUUUUUUGUUGUAAUUUUUAUUGAACUUGUUAAAGUUUUAAAGUGUUAAAUGUAAAUUUUAACUUGAAUCUUUAUUUAUUAAUAGUGAAUAAACAACACAUUAACGUAACCUCACACCUUAAACACACACACACACAUCAAAUGUACAACCCUUAUAUUUAAAAUACAAAACACAUAUCAAGCAAAAUAAAUAUAUCCAGCAGUUUCAUCAUUUCAAACAUAAA